UGCUUUAAACCGGAUCGUACUGCAGAAGUGUGUCCUGGAUGAGCCGCCGUAGUUCUUGUUUCCCGGGACGCUGGGUCUGUUGUAUCUGCUGGGGAAUAAACUGAAUUAAUGGAAUAAAGCGGAGUUCCGCAGACAGCCAUGAGUGACAUUCGUCAUGCCCUGCUGCGGCGGGACCCGCUGAGUGCAGCCAAGGAGGUUCUGUACCACCUGGACAUAUCUCUGGGCAGCGCGCUGCAGAAUGCUCCAGGAGCCACACCAGGCCUGGACAAGAACACCGUGGAUCUGGUGGAGGAGUUCAUCUUCCAGGUGCCCAAAGACAGGAGUGUCCAGCGGAAGAGAAUGAGCUGUGUUCAGGAGCUGCAGCUGCUGGAGAUCAUGUGCAGUUACUUUCAGGAGCAAAGCAAAGAUGCCAUCCGGCAGGUCAUCUUCUCAGCUCUCUUCGGCCUUCAGGGCAACAAGGCUGACGAGAGCCGCAUGGCCAUGCUGGGCAAGCUGGUGUCCAUGGCUGUAGCUGUGUGUCGGGUGUCCAUCCUAGAGUGCGCUGCCACCUGGCUACAGCGCUCACAUUCUGCCUGGUGUGUUCGACUGGCGAGGGUAUUGGUGGAUGACUACUGCACCCUGGUGCCCUGCUCCAUCUCCAACCUGCAGAACAUCUGCUCCGCCAGCCCUCGCUUCUGCUGUCAGCUCAUCACUGCCGUCACAGCCCUCUAUGAUCUUUCCUCAGAUGAGCUGACUCCUCCCCCUGCUCUAUUGGAGAUGGUAGUUGGUUGGAUCACUGAAGACCCAAGAUUACUCCUGCUCACCUUCAUCAACAUGCCCCUGACCUCAAGCUUACCGAUCGGCUGCCUUGAGGUCACGCCCCUCAUGGGUCUCCUCCGAUGGUGUGUGAAGGCACCACUGGCUCAUCAGAGAGGCCGAAAGCAGUCACUAACCAAUGGCCACGUGGAAACUGAGAAGGUGCCUGGAUGUGAGGAGCUGUACUCCAAACUGCACCUGAGCGUUCUUCAGGUCUUCCUCAUGUUACAGGUUCACCUUACAGAACAAAAUCUGCUGGGACGACUAGGCGUGCUGCAGGCAGAGUCCGUCGCAACCCUCGUGGAGGAACUGGGCCGCUCAGUGGACGAGCUGAACCCUCUACAUGCUGCCAACCAAAUUCAGCUGGCUCUGGACAGACUGGCCCAAGCCCUACAAGUUGCCAUGGCAACAGGAGCGCUGUUGUGUACCAGAGAAGAUCUGCGCACACUUUGCUCAAGACUGCCUCACAACAAUCUGUUACAGCUGGUCAUGUCCGGUCCUGUCGUCCAGCCUCCGCCGCACAGCGCCCCCUUCCAGCCAAGCCUCUACCCCUACAUCCACCCGGCUCGACCCUCGCCUCUCUCACCACACGCCACACACCAGGCGGCCCUGUCCUCUCCACACGCCGCCCACCCUGCUCUCUCUCCACUCCCCACACACCCGGCUCUCUCACCACACUGCCCCUUACCCCCACACACCGCACACUCCCCCCUCACCCCACACGCCUUUCACCCCGCCGCCAUGGCCUUCCCCUACCGGCCCAUUCGCUAACCCAGCCUGCCAACAGGCUACAUGAACUUACCGCCCGCUCUGUGGUGAAAAAUAAAUGGCUUUUUUGAGGGGAGGAUUUAUAUUAUCGUAUAAAACUUUACCUUAUAAAGAACCGUAAUAAUAAGGAUCUAACUGAUAGGUUGAGAAUAAACUGUGAACUUUUUAAUAUCAGAAAGCAUUCACCAUAAACAUCCCCAGUUCAGUACAAUAUUUUUAAUAUCAAUUUGAAGGUGUCAUGAAUUGAAUACCCUUUUUUAAUUUCAGUGUCUUUGGAUAAACUUAAUUAUGCAUACAUUUGGAACAUUGAUCCUGUCUUUCGUUGCUGAUUCUGCCAUGUUUGAAAAUGUUGUUUUUGUCUCAAAA